AAAAUUGAAAUAUAUUCUUGGUUUGGAAUUUGCUCACUCAGAUAUUGGUAUAAACAUGUGUCAAAGAAAGUAUGCUCUAGACAUACUAACAGACACUGGGUUUUUAGGCAGUAAACCUGCACCCACCCCUAUGGAUCCUACUUUGAAAUUGUCUGUUUGUACUGAAAAUGACAAACUUACAGAGCCUACUGCCUACAGAAAACUUGUUGGUAGGUUAUUAUAUUUGACAAUUUCCAGACCUGACAUUGCAUACAGUGUUCAAACAUUGAGUCAGUUUUUAUCUAAACCAACAGUCCAACAUUUGAAUGCAGCUCACAGGGUGCUCAGAUACUUAAAAGGUACAGUAGGUAAAGGAUUUUUCUUUUCCAGAACCUCUGAUUUAAAGUUAUAUGCAUAUUGUGAUGCUGAUUGGGCCUCUUGCUUAAAUACUAGAAGAAGCAUCACUGGUUUUUCUAUAUUCCUAGGCCAGUCUUUAAUUUCUUGGAAAUCUAAAAAGCAAUCUACUAUUAGUAGAUCAUCUGCUGAGGCUGAAUAUAGAUCAAUUGCUUCCACAACAUGUGAAAUUCAAUGGCUUUUAUAUCUUCUAGAUGAUUUCAAAAUUUCACAUGAUACUCCUGUUCAUCUUUAUUCUGAUUGUAAAUCUGCACUUGCUAUUGCCACUAACCCUGUUUUCCAUGAAAGAACAAAGCAUAUACAGAUUGACUGUCAUCUUAUUAGAGAAAAGGUAGCUCAAGGACUUAUCCAGCUGCACCAUGUUGAAUCAAAGGAGCAGAUUUCAGACAUUUUGACCAAAGCCCUACCUGGACAUGCCUUCUCCUAUUUACUCUCCAAACUGAACAUGAACAAUAUUCAUUCUCAGUUUGCGGGGGGAAAUUUAUCUAAUGGAAUAUUAAAUAUUGAUUGCUCGACUAAUGAAGAGGAUUUAAUAGUCAUUUGGACUAAUCAAUUGGAAUUAUUAGUUCAAACUAACGAUUCAAUGAUAAAUGGAAUGACAUUAAUCAAUUUUAUUAAUUAUAUAAGAUAUAAAACAUCUCGAGUAUUAUUUGAUUAUCUAGAAAAUACCCAAAAUUUAUUAAAUCUUGAAGCAAAUGGUUCAGAAACAGGAGCAGAAUAUAAAAUAGGAGUUUUAAAAGAAUUAGCAAAAGUUUUAUUAAAAGAAUUUUUAGGAAUUACAGGACAAGAAUCAAAAGCAACACAUAAAGAUAAGGUAGUUAGAUUUCUAACUAAUAUGAAGCUCUGUAAUAUAUGUUACAUAGUAAAUUUCUUCUGUCAAGUAAGAGAAAAAUUCUAUAAAAUUAAGGAUCGAUCAGGACUAAUAGAAAUAGUUGAAAGUAAACUUAAAUAUGAAAUGAAUAAAUAUAUUCAAAAGAAAAUUAGUGAAACAAAAGAAGAAAAAACUCUAGGAAUCUUAGAAAAAUAUGCAAAAGAAUAUAGAGAUGAACUUUGUAUAAGAAAAUUAGAACAUUAUGAAAUGACUAAUAUCGAUUCAAGAUGUUGCAAACAAUUAGAAAGUGUACCACAAGAAUUUGGUU